GAGUGUUUCUUGCCAAGUAUUUUAAAAGAAAAAUCUUGACAAUGGCUUCGGCAGUGCUUAGUUCUGUUCCCACUACUGCUUCUCGUUUUGCUCUGUUGCAAGUGGAUAGUGGUAGCGGUUCCGAUUCUGAACCUGGAAAGGGCAAAGGUCGGAAUACUGGGAAGUCUCAAACAAGCAAAUCAAAUACAAAUGAGAAGAAGAGAGAAAAAAGAAGAAAAAAGAAAGAGCAGCAACAGAGUGAAGCAAAUGAGCUCAGGAAUCUUGCUUUUAAGAAAAUUCCCCAGAAAUCCUCCCAUGCAAUUUGUAACACCCAGCAUGAACUUAUGUUGUCAAAUCCAGUACGGAAGGAUUCUCGAGAAGAAAAUUGGCAAGAGUGGAGACAAAAAGAUGAACAGCUUACAUCUGAAAUGUUUGAAGCAGAUCUUGAGAAGGCAUUGUUGCUAAGUAAAUUAGAAUAUGAAGAACACAAAAAGGAGUAUGAAAAUCCUGAAACUACUUCAGCUCAGUCAAAAGUUAUAAAUAAGAAAGAUAAAAGAAAGAAUCAUCAGGGGAAAGACAAACCUGUCACAGUACCUCUAAAAGAUUUUCAGUCUGAAGAUCACAUUAGUAAAAAGACUGAGGAAUUGAUGUCUUCUCAAAGUUUAUCACAUGAUGGAGGAUUCUUCAACAGACUGGAAGAUGAUGUACAUAAAAUUCUUAGUAGAGAAAAAAGAAAAGAACAACUUACAGAAUAUAAUGGAACAGAUAAUUCUGCAGCUCAUGAAAACAACCAGGCAUUUGUUCUGAAAGAUGGAAGAAUUGAAAGAUUAAAGUUGGAACUUGAAAGGAAAGAUGUUGAAAUUCAAAAGCUGAAAAAUGUGAUUACUCAGUGGGAGGCAAAGUAUAAAGAAGUAAAAGCAAGAAAUGCCCAAUUAUUGAAAAUGCUUCAGGAAGGUGAAAUGAAAGAUAAAGCAGAAAUACUUCUGCAAGUUGAUGAAUCACAAAGUAUCAAGAAUGAACUAACUAUACAGGUGACUUCACUUCAUGCUGCAUUAGAACAAGAAAGAUCUAAAGUGAAAGUGUUACAAGCAGAAUUAGCAAAAUACCAGGGUGGCAGAAAAGGGAAACGGAACUCUGAAUCUGACCAAUGUAGGUGAUCACAUUAGCCUUUGAGCUCAGUACAAAAAUCAAAACUUUCAGGGUUUUUUAAAAAAUGUAUAUAUUUAAUGCUUUGCAACUGCUAGACUGCAUUUUUUGUUCAAAAAACUUAAAACAAUAAGCUCACUAACAGACAAUAAUUUUAUGUCCUUUUGGUGUAAAGUGAAAAGAAAAUUAGAAUUCCAGCAGAACUCAGUGUUUAUUGUUUACUGUUCAUACAUCUUAUCACUAUAGUUUUUCAUCAGUAAAUAAAAUUAAUUUACUCU